GAUGGUAGAGGUGGCGGCGGCAGCGGCGGUGUUGGCAGCGAACGGCGAGGGCAGCAGAGUCGGUGGCCGUCGGUCUCGACACGAGUUACCGUGACAAGUGCAUUACCUAUUGCACCGUCGACCGAGUACACAUACACCAUAUUCACACAUACGUCUAUACAUAUGCACACAUCACACACGUACACAUACUAAAAACGACACGUCGUCGUUGAGAGUGUUUCGACAGACGCGCGACAAACGGUUUUCUCUUUCCUCAUCUCUAUUUUUUUCUUUCUUUUCCGUCACCUUUUCCUCGCGUUUCCCUCUUCGUUUCUGAGCGUUUCCGAGCGCAUCGCGAUUGACUCGCUCGGACAUCGCUCGUUUUUCCCCUUUAUCAAGAGUCGAUUCGUGUACGCGCGUGCAUCUUUCGAUUGACUGGAGAAGAAUCAACGGAGGGGUAGAAAAAAGAAUCGCACGAAAUUUCACCCUGAUCGGUCUCUAGGAAGAUCGACAAGUGGAGCGCGCGAUGGCGGACGAUCAAGAAGCAAACAACACGUGCGAGGAUUCCCUCGGGCCCGGUGAUGCAAACACCGCAUUCGCUAAGAAAAUUCGAGGACGAAAAGGAGCCCUGAAGAAAAAGAAUGUCUACGUGGUCAAGAAUCACAGUUUCAUGCCUCGUUUCUUUAAGCAACCAACCUUCUGCAGUCAUUGCAAGGACUUUAUAUGGGGCUUCGGGAAGCAAGGAUACCAAUGUCAAGUGUGCAGUUUCGUUGUUCACAAACGAUGUCACGAGUACGUGACCUUCACGUGCCCUGGUGCCGACAAAGGAGCUGAUUCCGACGACACGCGGACGAAGCACCAAUUCAAGCAACACACCUACAACAGCCCCACCUUCUGUGACCACUGCGGUAGUCUUCUCUAUGGUGUCAUCCACCAGGGCAUGAAGUGCCAAGCAUGCGACAUGAACGUUCACAAGAGAUGCGAGGAGAGCGUGCCGAAUCUUUGCGGAUGCGAUCAUACGGAGAGACGUGGUCGUAUAAACUUGUACAUCUCGUGCUCCGGAAGCAAGCUCACGGUCGAAGUGAAACAGGGGCGAAAUUUGAUUCCGAUGGAUCCAAACGGAUUGUCGGAUCCAUACGUCAAGUUGAAGUUGAUUCCAGAUUCGGACACCGUGAAGAAGAAAACGAAGACGAUCAAGUCCUCGUUGAAUCCCGAAUGGAACGAGACUAUCAUUUUCGACUUGAAACCCGAGGACAAGGACAGGCGGCUUUUGAUCGAGGUUUGGGAUUGGGAUCGAACGUCGAGGAACGAUUUCAUGGGCUCCCUCUCCUUCGGGAUAUCGGAGCUUAUCAAAGCGCCUGCCAAUGGCUGGUUCAAACUUCUCACCCAAGAGGAGGGGGAAUAUUACAACGUACCUGUUCCGGAGGAGGGCGUCGAUCUAGCCGAGUUGAAGAUGAAGAUGCGAAAAACCUCGGUCACGAAAAAGACGACCACCACUCAGGACAAGGAGGUGCCCCACAACAUGGGCAAGAGCGACUUGAUAAGGGCGAGCGAUUUCAAUUUCCUAAUGGUGCUCGGCAAAGGCAGUUUCGGAAAAGUUAUGCUGGCCGAGAGGAAAGGUACCGACGAGCUGUACGCGAUCAAGAUUUUGAAGAAGGAUAUCAUCAUUCAGGACGACGACGUGGAGUGCACCAUGGUCGAGAAACGCGUGUUGGCGUUGUCCACUAAGCCGCCAUUUUUGGUCCAACUACACUCCUGCUUCCAAACCAUGGAUCGCCUCUAUUUCGUGAUGGAAUACGUGAACGGUGGGGAUUUGAUGUAUCAGAUACAACAGUGUGGCAAGUUCAAAGAGCCUGUCGCUGUAUUCUACGCGUCCGAAAUAGCGAUCGGCCUUUUCUUCCUCCACGGCCGAGGUAUCGUGUAUCGGGAUCUGAAGUUGGACAACGUGCUGCUGGAUCAGGACGGUCACAUCAAGAUCGCCGAUUUCGGUAUGUGCAAGGAGGGGAUCAGCGGGGACAAGACCACGAAAACGUUCUGCGGGACGCCCGAUUACAUCGCGCCGGAAAUCAUAUUGUAUCAACCGUACGGGAAGUCGGUCGACUGGUGGGCGUACGGCGUGCUGCUGUACGAGAUGUUGGUCGGUCAACCGCCGUUCGACGGCGAGGACGAGGAGGAAUUGUUCGCCGCAAUAACCGAGCAUAACGUCAGCUAUCCGAAGAGCUUGUCAAAGGAGGCGAGGGAAAUUUGUAAAGCGUUUCUCACGAAGAAUCCGGUGAAGAGACUCGGCUGCGGGCUACGAGGAGAGGAGGACGUACGGAGCCACGCGUUCUUCCGACGUAUCGAUUGGGAGAAGAUAGAGAAUCGGGAGGUGCAGCCACCGUUCAAGCCGAAAAUCAAACAUCGCAAGGACGUAAGCAACUUCGACAAGCAGUUCACCUCGGAGAAGACGGAUUUGACUCCCACGGACAAGUUGUUCAUGAUGAACCUGGAUCAAACGGAGUUUAUGGGUUUCUCGUUUCUCAAUCCGGAAUUCGUGCAACACGUUUAAAUCGAUGGAAUAUCCUAAGUCACUGGCUAGUUUUAAUCUCAUACGUUUCUCUCUCUCUCUCUCUCCCUCCAUCUCUCCCUCCAAAGACGUUCAUCUUCGCUACUCAGGGGCUUUCACCGUCAUUUCCCUAUCUCUUUCUCUCUAUCUCUCUAUCUAUCUAUCUAUCUCUCUCUAUCUCUAUACUUCUUUCUUCCUCCGAACCCCCGAUAUCGAUCCACUUUCUUCGAAACUUGGCAAUUUGGUAUCUCGGUUGCUAGAGGCAACUUUUUCCAAAAAAAAAAAAAGAAGAAUUUUCACUUUGUAAUCUUUAAUAAUCUCAGAGAUCGGGUCUCAACGUAUCGCGUUGGUUAUCGCGUUGGAUUCGCCCGAUGAAACGAAACGGGAUGAAAAUCGGAAGGUGCUACGAGAUCGGGUGGUACGAGAAAAGAAAAGAAAGAGGAGAAAAUAAAUUACGAUCGCAAAUCGUUGAAUGGAAAACGUCGCGCUUCCUUCAGCGUUUUUAUCGGAAAAUAUUUCCCAUAUUGCCCUUCUCGUUCUUCUCCCCCCACCCUUCCUCCUCGAUACGUUUUUCUUCGAUUAUUUUCCGGGACACGUAUAUACACACAUACACGUACACGUACACACACAUACACGCGACUGUGUAAAUUAUACAUAUUGAACAAAUGAAUUAUAUUCCUAUUGUUAUUAUGAUUAAUUAUUAUUAUUAUUAUUAUUAUUGUUAAUAUUACUAUUAUUAUUAUUAUUAGAUAUAUUCUCCAACUUAUAGAAAUAAUCGCGAAUUGUUAUACGUGUUAUACGUGAAUUUAUUAAAUUUCAAUCCGCGAAUUAAUUUCGUUUAAUUAAACGAUUUUCUCUUAUGUAAUCUUUCCAGCUAGUUAAGAUAAUUAAGCGAAUUAAUUUUUUCUUUUUUUGCGGACACGGAUAAAAAAAAUUUUAACGAACGGUAACAAACGUUCGAUUUCUAGUCCACACAUUUCCAUACAGGUAUAAUGCUUAUACGUAUGUAUAACGUGUGCCUAUAUACGGAGAAAAAUUAUACGAUACAUAUAUGUAUAUAUACGAUAUAUAUAUAUAUAUAUAUCGUAUAUUUGCUCCCCGCUAAAUUAAUUGGUUAUCGAAGCACGAACUCGAAGCGCGUUUUCUUCUGAAUGCCAUUUAUUCACUUCCAAGAACGUGCUCGGUGAGCUUGACGGUGGUAGUGAGAUUAUAACGAUCGUAAGUAAUUUUAUACGCGAGGACGGACUGCAACAAUGUUGACGUUGUUGUUUGCGAAAAAAGAGAGAAAAAAAAGAAAAAAAACACGUACAGACGAUUAGGAUGGUGCUAGAAUGAUCGACGAUACGACGGUCGAAUCGAGUUAUUCUUGUCUGGUUUGUUAAUCGAUGUCCAUUCGAUACUUGCCUCGUUCGGAGCUCGUUGUUAUCGAUCGAACGAAGCGAGUAUAGGUAGUGGAAAGACAGUGGAACGGUUAUUUCAUCACCGGCACACAUCUCGUAUUUUCCUCGCUUUUUUCGAUUCGUUGAUUUCGAGUCGUUCGCUCGAAACGACGAAAGGGCGAUGCUUCGGUAUUCCUCGAUGAAGCUCUUCUCGUGCCUGAAAUCCUCGCUCCGGUGAUAUACGCCUUUUCUAUCGAGCUUGUUUCGGCUCGCGUCAUCGAGGACGAAAACAAUGAAACGACGAACGAAACGUUCGAUCGAUUUUGCGAAGUCGCGAAAAAUUUUUUCCUCCUCGAUCUCUCUUUUUUUCGGUCGGUUGCUACGCCGACGCUCGAUAGUAGGAUUAAUUAUUACUUGUCGAUUAAUUAAGCGUAAUUGUCGUAGAUAUAUAUAUAAAUAUAAAUAUAUAUAUAUAUGUAUAUAUACAUAUAUAUAUACAUAUAUACAUAUACAUAUACACACAGACACACACAUAUGUAUACAAGUUGACUGGCUCGUUAAUUUUUACGAGCGUCCCCUUUUUUUCUAAUACAUAUAUAUAUAUAUAGACACAUAUACACACGUUUCACGUUCGCGACUCGACGAGUGACAGUGGAACCGUUCGACAAUCGAAAUGUUCGAGUUUACGAGUGCGUUUCGCUUGGAACAUUAACUCUAUACGUUAGCAACCAUCCUCGAUAAAUUUUUCACUCUUCGAGAACAAAGCGUACACGUUAACAUACGCGCACGCACACGGACUCGUACCCUUCCAUUCGGGAUCUUUGUUAUCUCUCGCUCGUAACGAUCUUCCAUUUUAAAAAAAACCUUUGCCUCCUUUGUCCUCUGAUGUUUAGUCCAUCGGCGGACAAAGGAUACGAGUUCGUGAAUUUCGAAAGAAAAAGAGAGAAAAGAAAAAGAAAACAAUCGAGCGUAUUAAUUACAUGUUCCAAUAAAUAAGCGAUUAUCGUAACGUAAUUCUCGCCUCCUUUAUUCAACGGGUGAUUCAAUCAUAUUCUUCUAUCCACGAAUUUACGUAAUCUCCUUGAUAUCCCACCGCUCUUCUCUUAUCCGAUUCGAUUCAAGAAUCACACGCACCUCGUCACGUGUUACGAUUCCCUUGUUCGUCAAAAUGACUUUUUUUUUCUUUUCCAACCAACGAUUCGCGUGACAAAGUGAUGAUUUCAACCGAUUUCGAUGAUUUUAAUUUAUCGAAAAAUCCAAAAUGAUUAAUGGCGAAUCGCGUUCUGUUUGUAUAGAACAAUAUAUCGAUCUCACAAAAUAAAAAUUCCUUCAAUUUCACCGAUCGAUUUUUUUUUUUUUUUUUUUUUGAUAUAUCCCAAAUGUUCGAGACUACGUAAUCCAUGUUCGAGAUCUAUCUAUUUUUGUACCAAAAUGAUAAAAAAAAAAAAAAAAAGAGAAGAAAAAAAAGAAAAAAGAAUGAAAGAAAUUUCUUUAUUCACUAAAGAAAUCGUGCCGUGAAAUCGCGCGAUCGAUUCUUUUUUUCUUCCUCUAACGGCCGUCUAGUGAUGGGUAGUAGUAUAUCUUUUCCCAUCACUGUGCGAUCAUAUCUUUCGUAACCUAUUUUAGAUCGUACGCGAACAAAGAUAGUAAUCGUUGGAUAAUUUCAUGAAGUAGUCAUCGAUUAGCGGAACGAUUUAUAGUUCGAAAAUUGAAACAAAGCGGAAGAACGAGGAAUCUAGAGAUCUCGAGCAUCCUCGAAGUCGGCAAAACGCCAUGUUUCGAGGCUGCACAAGCUUACCUAGUCUUAUUUACUUACUCACGUAUAUAUAUACAUAUAUAUAUAUGUAUAGAUAAUAAGCUCUGCUGGCAUUCCAGCUAAGCGACAUACACGAUGAUUUUAUAAUUGUUGUCGCCGAUUUAUCCUCUCUUGUUUUUUCUUUAAAGAUAAAAAAAAAAAAGAAAAAAAUUAUUUCUUUUUUCCUCAAUACGAUCUUUUUUAAUUCUCUAUUCGAUUCUCUUUCAUCUCGUUCAUUUCUGUAUAUUUACUUUAUACCCUCUUUUCAUCUUUGUGCUCUGAUCAUUGUUCCUAUUUAAAGUUUUAAAAGUUUUUAAAAGUAAGGGGUAGAGAAUGAUAUCGUUUAUCGUAGUUUUUAAUGCAGUAAAACAGUUAAGACACUUGUUAAUCUCAAUUAUUAAAAUCGCGAAAAAUCUAUACGUGUUUUGUCUAUCGACGCGAAACAAAUCUCUCUCGAAUUCUCUCUUACGUCCUAAAAAUCGUAUCGUUAUUCGAGUAGCGAAACAGUUUGAACAAAUUUCUUUCUUUAUUCGUUCGUCGAAUGUGUAUAUCUUCUUCCAUAUGUUGUGAAUUAUCUUAUUGUAAAGAUUGAAUCACGUGUUCCACGUGGUUCGUCUGUUCGAAUGGAACGAACCGAUAAGAAGAAGAGAAGAUGAAAUAUAUUCAAAAAUAAGGAAUGUAAAUCGCGUAACUUCGGUCACUCUCGAAGUUGUAAUUUUGUUCGUUUCUCUCGAUUACACGUCGCAUGACACUAUACACAAGUUCGCUCGUACACACAUGUUUUUAAAAUGUUUUUCUGCAUUUAUAAUGUCCUAAUAAAAAGUUUCGAAUCGUGUCAUGAGAAA